AUGCAGCUUUUAUCCUUUCUCAUCGCUGCACUAGCUGCACAGCUAGUACAUGCUCAAGAAAAAUACCGCCUGCUGCAUCGGCUGCAUGAUCCCUCUAAACCUGGAGCGUCUUUCUCCCGACGCGCCGAGGUUGCUUUCUCCGCGGGGAAGCCUUUAAUCGAGGAUGAACCGUCUUUCGCCGAUGUCUGGCAAAACUUCAUACAGAGCUCGGAGAUCGGGCCAGAUACUUUGUAUCAGGUCGCGCUGGCCACAUCGAGGGGACACCCACGAGACUACUCGUCAGUGAAAGCAUGCCACUUGCGCGCAGGCAGCGCGGAAAACAUCAUCUUCCACUUUUCCUCGGUGAAGGAUGAGCUUCCCUACGCCCUCGACCUAUUCGUGUCUCCCAUCCCUCACGACGGGUCAUGCCCCCCAACAUCCGCUCCCUUGGUAGCGCCGCAGAACACUAGCUACACUGUGGCGUACCCACGGCACCCACCACUGCCGGAGCUCCGUGCGCCCCCUCCCGUGACCGAGCAAGGCGAACCGGUCAAGCCGCCAGAAGAGAAGUCGUUCUUGCAGAAGUAUUGGAUCUAUAUCGCGAUUGUCAUGGGUGCUAUGUUGAUUAUGCCCGGUCCACCAGAGGAAGGACAGGGAGGAGGGGGAGGUGCAAGACGAUGA